AUGAGCUCGCAAUUUCCUUCGUCCCCCUACAGGACAGUGGAUCCGUACUCUCCACCAAAUUACAAACAGCAGCCUAAUUGUCCCUCAUCCAAUUAUGAGAAAGCUGGUAAAACUGCGUCAGAAUCAAUUGGAAAUUUCGGGAAAGGAGAUUAUCCAACUCCAUUUCCUUCUUCCAGUAUAGGAAGGGUUUCGUCUCCCGUUAGGUCGAAUAAGGUUGACGCCAUCCCUUCCUCUCCAGCUUUUCCUGGCCAGUUGGCAGAAACGUCACCCAAGUUUUCUUCCAAACUUUCUUCUCCUUCAAGGCAUACUAGAGUCAUCAAUGCUGAACUAGAUCCUAGCAAGAUCAGCACCAUUACUGUAGGGCGCAAUAGUUCGCAAUGUGAUGUUGCGCUCUGUAAGAAUAAGUUCAUAUCCAGAGUACACGCUAGUAUAACUUAUUUACCACAAACAAAUGAAGUGAAGAUUCACUGCUUCAGUAUGAACGGAUUAAUCGUUACCUAUCGUAAGCAAUUUGAUUGUUAUCAAUUAAAGGAUACCAUGAAUAACAAUAAUAGGGCAUAUAGGCUUGUUCCCAGAUUCUCUAACGAAAAAUGUGUUAAAGAAAUUCAAGACGAGGGAGGAUUCAUUAAUUUCACUCUGGAAGAGGGAGACACCGUUUAUAUGACAUAUUACAAGGGUAUCAUGUUGGAUUUUAGGCAGGUUUUACUUCGCAUUUCGUUAAAAGAAAAAAACUCUUCUUCAGAGCCGUUAAGAUUCGAGAAGAAAGCUGAAUUUGAAAGUGAAAGUGAAACGAAACAUAUGGGUAGUAUAAGGAAGCAUCCAUUGAUUUUUACUGACACUUCGAUGGACAGACCCAAAAAAAUACUUAAGGAUAGCAACAAAAUCUCAAUUGGUAGUGAUUCUGGCGUUGCAGAAAGGAUGCUAAACCACUUCCUAAAUUCUAAAUCGUCCCCACUUUCAUCCGUCUCCUCUGUUGAUCACGAGGAACAAACCCUGAGACAAGAUUCACUAUCAUCUGAUAAAAAUCCUAUGACUAUGAAGAAACCAAAACUUAACAAGAGGGUCUUACCUUCAAAGCCAAAAAAAUCGGUGAAAGAGAAUUUGGAUGAGCUAUCUAGAAGAAAUAUUGAUGUUAUGCAUCUACAGCAUAUUUUAACCAAUCACCUAGCUUUUGCAAACGUCCAGCAGACGCCAUUAUUCCAAUUACAGCAGGUGAACUCACAAAUUUCUGAGCUUUCAAGAGAUGAAUUACGUUCGAUUUUGAGCGACGCGAAAUGUGUCGGUGUCAUUUACCGUCAUGGUAAGGACGCCGCCGGCAAACCAUUGGACGAAGAGUAUUUCUACGAUUUAGAAAACGAUGAUGAUUACGAGAGAAGAAACUUGGUGAGUUCAUUAAAAGGUGGAAGGACAGGCUUAAGAUCUUGUAGAAGGACACAUAAACAAUAUUUUUGGAAAAAGCCAGCAAAAUAG